UUUCUCAAAAAAUAUUCAUUUAUUAGUUUUUAAUCUGUAAUUAAUUUAGUUCUUAACUUGAUCUUAUUCGAUGAGAGAGUAAUCCAGUGUCGUGGAGCUUGAGCCAGCAUUCAUCAGUAGUCUCAUAAAUACCCAGAGAAACAAGGAGGCAGCUAAGGUCUGGCUAGGUGAAGUAGUAAAGUUAGUAUUUGGAUAUUGUGACAAAAUUCAAUUCAAUUUGUUGCCCAGGACUUCUUAUGUAAGCGUGCUUCUGGGGAUUUCUCUUUCUAUUUUGCUUAGUUAUUCUUUGAGGACGAGAGAUGCUGAGAAAUGUGUUGUUAAUGGCUCUCAAAAUAAAAGAUUAGUGAUGACAAAUGAUUGGAGGGGGUGUGACAGAAGCUACAGAUGGUUUAUUUUUAAUCUUUAUCUAAAUCCUGUUUCCCGAACUGAGCAAAGAGCUCAGAUAUAGCACCUAGGGCAAUGGGGAGAGAGUGGUUUCUUGUUCUUGGUGAUGAGAGAAGAAUAUAGAAUCAUUAAUUAACAAGUAGACUCAAUUUUUUUUUUCCUUUUCUUCUAGAUUUCUUUGGUACUGGGAAGAGAGAGAAUCUUAUAUGAGGGCAUCAUAUUUGAAGGUGAUGCUUACAGUCUUUGCAUGAAUUUCAUUCCUCUUUUCUUCUUCUAGAAAAUAUCAGAAACUUAAGAACCUGCACUUUCUAUAAAGCUUAACGAUUUUUGCAUUCAUUGAAGUGCAUGACAGGCAGUAGUGUAUCUAAGGCUGUCUGCAAAAUGAUAUCAUUGAGUUGUCUCAUUAGUGGAAAUAAUGAUGUUAUUUUUGUUUGGUGUUUUACCUUUUUAAAUCAGAGAAUUGGUAGCUGGUUUCCAAGGAGGUGGAGAGAAUUUUGCUUGAUCUUUAGAGCCUUUGGGUUUUUGAAUGGAUCCUUGAUAGAAGAACCUUGGGGUUGAGAACAAUGUCUGUUGGGGGUGGGGGUUCUUAGUUUGUCACUAAGUUAAUACCCUUAAUUGUUAGAGUUAAUGGUCAAAAACACACCAAAACUAUCACAUUUUUGUGAGUUCAUAACUCAACUAUCCAUCGAUCCAUUCACCUACCUAAAUUAUCUCUCCCUUUGUAUGAGAAACACCCCGAGUUGGCCAACACACGCCUAUUGUCUAUUGGGAAAAACAUUUGACCAACUCAGCAUCAAGUUGUAUUUUAAUGCAAAGGGAGUGAUAGUUUAGGUAGGUUAAGGGAACAAUGGAUAGUUGAGGUAUGAAACUCGGCAAAAAUUGAUAGUUUAGGCGUGUUUUUGACCAUUAACUCUAAUUAUUAACCAACCCCAUUUUUGGAUGAUUUCUGUAUGAUCACAAAGUUACAACCUAGUAAUUUCUGGUGAUCAGAUUUUUUGUUACUUUUGGUGUAUCUGGAAUAGUGGAAUGUAGGUUAGGCCGGAGGAUAUGACAAUUCAAAGAAAGAGCUUGACAUGAGGGACUAAGAGAGUGUUAGAUGAAAGGGACUUAAGAGCAAAUUUAAAGGGGGUUAAGUGUUUGCCUUUUUUCCUUUCAUUGAAAAUUCCAUCUUCUUUUAUGGUUGUGUGCUUUUGUGAAACCAGCACACACACUUUCUCUCUCUUUCUUGGGUGCAGGCACGCCAUCUUGGCACAUACUUUAGAGCCAACUUGUUUGUAAUGAAAGCUAUUCUUUCUUUGGUGUCAAUGUGAUUCAAAUGUCAUCAUUUAGAGCAAUUGAAUUUGAGCCAUGCACAGGUUUGCUACUGUCAUUUCCCUAUCACAUGAGUGUAGUACUCAUUGUGUACUAAUAUUUCCAGUCAGUCACGAUUGCAUUUGAAUCAAUAUAAAGCUUAGCAAACCGUGACUCUUGGUUCUUGGCGAAUUCCACGCACUAUGUUACAUACAAUUAUUUAUAUCACCAAAAAGCAAGUCCCUGUGAUGUCUUACGGUUGAAAGACAAUGGCAUUGAAGGGAUAUUGGACUGCUCACCUGCGUAAAGACAUUGAAUUAUUUCUUAGUAAAAGAGGUGGUGAUAUGAAAUGAAUGAGGUUAUAUUCUCCAAAUUAGUUCAUAGCUGUCUUGAUGAUGCUUUUCUUCAGGCUUGGCAUGUUCUAGAGAAUAGCUCUAUGUAAAUCUUGCUGUAAGGUGAGGGGGAUACCUUAUUCGGUUCUAGGUGUUGUAGGACUCGAUUUGGGUAUAAAAAGUGGUGACCACUUCUCUAACCAGAACUUUGUCCUCUCAAUUUGCAACUAUCACUGAAUAGACGAUUGUCUUCCAUCUCACAUAUGUAUGUCUGACAUAAUUUUCCUACUAUAGUUCACUAAAUUUUUUUUUUCCUCAUCAGUUCUGCUUAAGAUACUUGUAUUGUUAAAUUUCAUGAUGUUUGAUUUAAUUUGCAGACAUCAUUUAUCAUUUGGUGAGUUUAUCUUAUGAGCAAUGUGGAUUCUUUUUUAGCAUUUCUGUGUAUACCUGCUUUAAUAAUUGGAGAGAUGACAUACAAAUAGCUUGUGAUAAUAUAUUUUGAUUCAUAAAAACCCUUAUGAGUCAUGGCCAUGUCCUAAUUGUCCGACAGUGGAAUGUUAACUUGGGAAAGUUUUAUCUGCUGAAAACUUUCAUCUUAUUAGCUAGACUGUGCUGUUUGUUUUUGAAGCAACAUGAACCACCCUCAUCCAUAUGGUGAAGAUCAUUUAUACACACAGGAUGAACCCACUGUCAUGGGCUUUGAAGUUCCAAGAUCACCCGAUGCAAGUUACAACAAUGUGUAUCCUGGGCAUUUAGAUGAAGGGAGGGAACCACCGAUGGUACCGCCACAUUUGCAUCACACCUUGCUAAACCACCCAGCUACAGGAGAUGAAUCAACCUCCCUCCCAUUGCCACAGAACGCUGUGCUAAACCAUCUGUAUAUUGAGAACGGAGAAGUCCCGAGGUCAGUUGUAGCACUUGGUGUAACACACCGUUUUCGCUCAAAAUAUGUAACGGUCGUGCUUUACAAACCCGUCCAAAGAAAAUGAGGUAGCACCAGCCAUGCCUGAACGUACGCACCGUCUUUGGCUUGUGGUCUGACGAUAGCAGAGGUAAAUACACAGUAAGUUCUGCAGUGGAGAAUGUUUAUUUCUUCCCAGCUACUAGUAGUAGGAAAAUAUGGUAGCAGGUACCCUUGGACUUGAAUAAUUGAAGUUAGAUGUUCAAUAGUUUUAAAAAGUUUACAUGUAUUAUGGCAAAAAGUUAGUGAUGUCCCUGUUAGUUUGCCUUGACAAUUAUAUUUUUGAGUAGCUCUUCAAUGUUGACGUGUGUGAAAACCUGUUAAGCACCUUGUUGCAUUUAAGAAGUUGCCAAGUUCACUGCA